AUGUUCCAUCAGGUGCAUGUGCCUGAGGAAGAUGCUGACCUAUUGAGGUUUCUCUGGUGGCCUGGUAGUGACUUCAAUCAGAUCAUGCAGGAGUACCGGAUGGGCGUUCAUUUAUUUGGAGCAACAUCCUCUCCAAGUUGUGCCAACUAUGCCCUGCGGAAAUGUGCAGAAGACAACAAAGCAGAUUUCAGCCAGCAGGUGAUUGACACCAUUCUGUAUAGUUUCUAUGUGGAUGACUGCCUUGCCUCAAAAUGCACUGAAGAGGAAGCCAUAUCUCUUUACUCAGACCUCAGACUCAUCUGUGCCAAAGGCGGCUUCCACUUAACGAAGUGGAUAAGUAAUAGCCGCAGCGUCCUGGCAGUAAUACCUGAAGAGGAAAGAGCUAAAGAGGUUAAAGACCUAGAUCUAGAUUGUGACCUCUUGCCUGUUGAGCGAGCAUUGGGAGUAUGGUGGUGUCUGCAGUCAGAUGCAUUUAAAUUCUGCAUAUCCAUCCCAAACAGACCUUUGACCCGAAGAGGGAUCCUUUCCACUGUCAGCACCUUCUAUGACCCCUUGGGAUUCUUAGCUCCUGUUAUUUUCAUAGCUAAAAGAAUCCUUCAAGACCUGUAUCAGAAGGGGAUAGGAUGGGAUGAUGCUAUUCCAUCAGCUGUUGCUCAAGA